CCUGCUGCAGACCGCUGGAGCACCACCCCUGUGCAGUGCCGCUGACUCACCGGGGACUGGACGCUCGGAGGCUACCCAGAAACUCCAGCUCCAGCUUUCACGACUUCUUCACUUUGGUGCCCGCACCCCGCACCUGCGCUACCAGACAUGGCCACCGCAUUUACGCCCUGCCAUGUGGGUAAGAACUGCCACCCGGAGUGUGACGCCGCCAUCAACAACCAGGUCAACUUGCAGCUGCACGCCUCCUAUGUGUACAUGUCCAUGGCCUGCUACUUUGAUCGUGGAGAUGUGGCAUUGAAGCACUUCAGCCUGUUCUUCCUUCGGCAGUCAAACAAGGAGAGGGAGCACGCAGAUUAUCUGUUGGGGCUGCAGAACCAGCGUGGCAGCAAGCCCCACCUGUGGAACAUCCCCAGGCCUGAGGAAGAGAACUGGGAGAAUGGCCUGAGGGUCCUGGAGUGCGCCUUGCAGCUGGCGAAGAGAGUGCAGCAGAGCCUGCUGAGUCUGCACCAGCUGGCCACCGAGAAGCACGGCCAGGUCUAUCACUUCCUGGAGGGUGGCUACCUGCAUGAGCAAAUGGUGUUCAUCCAAGAGUUGGAGGACCACAUCACCAACCUGCGCAAGCUGGGGACCCCGAAAGAUAGCCUGGCAGAGGCCCUCUUUGACAAGCUCACUUUGGGUGACAGUGAGAACUGA